CGGCGCGUGGCGUCUUUCGCCGCAAACCAUCAUCUCACCAUGGAUGUCGACAUGGCCGAUGCGCAACCCACGCAGCACGGGAAGCAAUCAGGAGUCCCUGUGGACGACGCCCACCCCUUUGAUCUUGAGAGCUACAUCUCCAACUACACGGGCCGCACAGCGAUCUUCCGCCUCAUCCACAUCAUCUCUCACUGUCCGACCCUCGCUCCCGAGGCCUACAAGGCCGCCGUCGAACAUGUAUACCAGUCGAGAGAUCCGCAGCUGUACCAGCAGGUGCUCAGCGCGUACGAGACCGUCGCCGCGUCCGCGGGCACGCCCGACGCGCCGUUCCCGAAGCCGGAGGACAUCAUGCCGCUCGACCCCAAGUGGAUCGACGAGACGAACGCGCGGAACGCAAACGAGCGCGUCAAGCUCGAGGUCGAGCUCAAGUCGUACACGAACAACAUGAUCAAAGAGAGCAUCCGGAUGGGCCAUCGUGAUCUGGGGAACUUCUACCGCGCGGUGGGCGAUCCGGCGACGGCGCUCAAGCACUUUACCAAGUCCCGCGAGUUCUGCGCCACAGGGCAGCAUGUGCUUGAAAUGUGUCUGUCUGUACUGGAGCUCCUCAUCGAACAGCGCAACUACACCCACCUCCCCACCUACGUCUUCAAGGCCGAGACCGCGCUCGACGCUGCGGUCGCGCAGGAGAAGAGCGCGAGCAACAACCCGAUGGCGCCCGCGGGCGGUUCGGGCGCCGGCUCAUCCGGCUCCAGCGCACGCAAGCAGUCCGCGGACCGCGACCGCAUCCAGUCGAAGCUUGAUUUUGCGCAAGGUCUCGCGAAUCUCGGGCAGGGCUACUACGACAAGGCCGCGUACCACUUCUUGCGCGUGGGGCCGGCGAAGGAUUUGGAGGACUGGGCGGGGACGCUCGUCGCCCCCGCCGACAUCGCGAUCUACGGCACCCUCUGCGCGCUCUCCUCCUACUCGCGCGCCGCGAUCAAGGCGCAGAUCCUCGAGAACUCCGUGUUCGGCGCGUAUGUGGAGCAGGAGCCGUACGUGCGCGAGCUGAUCGAGGCGUAUAUGGCGAGCAAGUUCAAGAUCGUGCUCGAGCUGCUGUCGCGGUACUCGACCCGCCACGCCCUCGACAUCCACCUCGCCCCGCACGUCUCCGCGCUCACGACCUCGAUCCGCAACUGGGCCGUCAAGCUCUACUUCCAGCCCUUCCAGUCCAUCAAGCUCGACCGCAUGUCCGCGGCAUUCGGCUGGAGCGUGGAGGAGGUCGAGCGGCAGGUUGUCAGGUUGAUCCAGAACGGGGAGAUCCAGGCGCGCGUGGAUAGCGAGAAUAAAAUCCUCCUGGCGAAGAAGACCGACUACCGGGCGGACCUGUUUGAGCGCGCGAUGAAGGCCGGCGCAGAUAUUCAGGAGGCGAAUAGGAAGGUUCUGUUGAGGAUGCGGUUCCAACAAGCGGACCUCGUCAUCAAGGCGCCGAAGGGGCAUGCGUCGCAACAGCAGCAGCAGUUGGAGAUGUCCAUGUUCACGCAGGAGGCGUAAGCGGCUGAGGACACAGGAGCGGUGGAGGGAGGUACAUCCACAUGCAUGUUGUGUUUACUGUAUUUCUAUCGAAACUGAAUGCUCGCUCUACUAAAGUACAGGCCGAGAAGCGCUGCAUAUGCACCUGUACGCUUGGCAAGCCUCGAAGAGUCUGUGACUAAGUGCUACAUUUCUUGGUUUCCGGUACGGCGCAUUGUAGUCCUGCUUUACCCAAAUCACAUGCUUUGACGACUGUGGCCAGUGGAUUUCAAAUACGCUGGCCACAUACGUUGCAAACUCGCUGGCCGCAAAUGUUUGUUCCCGAUUGCCCGAUCCUCCGUGUCCAUGAUCCCGAUUUCACCUUGACGGCUAUGCUUUACUUCCGUGGCACAGGGC